GAAACGAUGGACUAGAACCAUUUCUGCUCAGUCUGUGCUAUGUAAAUGAUAUCGCAGUAACUUACGGGAAACGAAUUUCUUAUUGUUUUUAUUAAUAUUACGACUCUGAGUGAGAACACAUUCCUCAAGAAUGGCACAGUAUCUGAAAAAAGCAUUUCAGAUUACUCCAAACACAAUCCUUUAUCAGCAGAAGCGUUUUCGAAGCAAAAUUAAUAUACAAAAACCCAAAAAGCCGCAUUAUUUCAGAGCAUUGGUGAACGAAUUUUUGACACCUUUUUACCCGAUCAAAAAUGAAACUAAGAAAUUAGAAGAAUUAUGUUACAACGCAAGAACUGCGAAAAAGAAGGAAGAGAUAGAAUAUAAUCCUUACCAAAGAAUAAUAGCACGUGAGGUCCGCAAUUGGUUUGACAAUUCCAAAAUGAUUGCCAUUUGCCAUCAGAAUUCUAUGACAUCAGAGGAUGCGUUUGAGCUAGCAGUUCCAUUAAAGAAAUUAAACAUGUACUACAAACGAUAUAGCAAUACGAUUAUGAAAUUAGCAUUGACAGAUUCACCUUAUACGGCAACAAUGCCCUUAUAUUCGUCGCAAUUCUGCAUUGUAUUUGGUUCUGACACAAAUGUUGCUGGCUUUGAAAAAAUUAUUAAAAAGUUUCCACAAGUUAUUUUAUUAGCGGGUAUACUGGAGGGACAAGUGCUGGAUAAGAAGGACUUUUUGAAAUACGGUAAAAUGGAUCUUACAUCAGCGCGGGUUCAUCUUGUUCAAGUGUUACAAAGUGCGGGUGGUAAUAACUUGAAUCAACAACUCACGCAUCAUCAGUCCACAUUAGUUGCUCGAUUAAAACAGAUCGGUACAGAUAAAACAACUUCCGACGAGAACAAAGAAUCGGUACCUGUAUAAUUGCAAAAAAUUGCUUGUAUCGAUAAUUUAUUAUAUAUUAGAUUUAUCGAAAGCUUUAAGUAAAGUAUGAUUUAUUUCACUACACUUUGUAUUUGCGAUAAAAAUAAGAAACAUUGAUACAAAGUUAGGUGUGUUCCUCUUUUUAUUAGAAUCUUACUUUCAAUCCUAUCAAGGACGGUGUCACGAUAA